AUGGCGCCCGACAAUCCAGUUGGCGGCGACGGCGAUGCUGGUACCGUGACCAACUCCACUGCUCCGGCAUCGUCGAAUCUUGCUACCGGUCCUUCUCCCUCUCCUCCUCCCUCUGCUGCCGCCGUCGCUACAUCUGCUGCUCCAGAGCCGCAAACAUCUACGCCUCCGGCCUCCCGACCGCCUCCGACCAGCUCCAACCCCGAGCCGGCUGCCUCGACCUCUUCCACCUCGACCUCGACGUCCACAGCUCUCGCUACAGCUUCUACUGUUGCUACCACUGCUGCAGCUGCUGCAGCCACCAUCGCCAGCCCUGCCACCAUCACACCGACCACGAUACCUCACGCGCCUGCUCCCGCCGCUGAAGCUGCUUCUCGCAGCCCCCUCAACGGUACACGAGCGGCGCAGCCUUCUCCCGCCCCGACCGACGGCGAAAUGUCCAACCAUCUCCUUCUCCUCGGCCGCCAGGCUGCUGCUCCCCCGGCCUCGCACCCUUCUCCCUCCUCGCAUCAUUCUGCCAGCUACCGCACCGAUGCCCAGCCACAGGCCCCGACGGCUCCCUCGACAGCCACGUCAGCUCCUCCGCCCUCGACGAACCCGACGACCCAAUUCACCUCAUACUCGAAUGUCACGACCUCGCAGGCCCCCGAUGCUCAACGAGCUGCUGGUCACGCCAACGGCCCCAAUGCCGUCACACUGCCGAGCAUGCGCACCAUUGACGCCAUGACCCAGCAGCAGCCGCAGUCUGGCCCUCAUCCGCACACUAUCAACGGACCUCUGCAACCCGCAUCUCCUUCUGGCCAGGCAUACUAUGCUCAGUCUACUGUCGGUGCUACGCCGGGUUAUGGGUUACACACGGAGCUGUCUCGCUACCCUCUGCCCCACGAUCCUCGCCUGCCAGGAAGUAGAGGCUCCAAGAAGUGCGACGAAGCUCAUCCUACCUGCAAUAACUGCAAAAAGUCGAAACGCGAGUGUCUCGGCUACGACCCCAUCUUCCGCCAGCAGCCAGCAGCUCAACCAGGCUCCAUUCAGCCGGCACCGUCGCCUACCGCGUCGCUCCCUUCAUCCAAUUCGCCUGGAUCCGUCGCCGGCAACGGCCGCCAAAUUAACGCGUACACUACCCAGUCGUCGAUGCUGCCGGCCUCGUAUGCGGCCACUUCUACCCCUCACACUGCAACUGCCAACCCAACUCCCAACACAGCCUAUCACUCGAUCUCUGUUGCCGCCGCCCACUCGGCAACGUCUAUUGCAGCUGAUACUCGAUACGAAUAUUCCGCCAGCGCCAAUCCUGCUUCGAGAGCAUACCAGCCUGCCGCAGCGUUUGACCCCGCUCGACACGUUAACCACACUGCAAAUAACCAGCUGGAUCAUAGGUUACCAGAACCAGGUGAGCACAAUUACUACCAUACCAUGUUUCUAACCAAGCGACUUACACCCAUCAAAGCGCCCAAGAUGAAAGUCCACCAAAUUAUCGACUCUCUCGGGCCUACCCCCACAUCACCUCAAGUUCCCGCCAGCGAGGAGACGUUUAGUGAAAUCACCAAAGUCUACCACGAAAUGUAUGCGACUGCACUGGCGGCCUUCUUCGAGACUACCUGGUACUAUUUUGCCGAGAACAACAUCAUGUCCUUCCCCAAGCACCCUCCACUGCUAGAGCAGAUGGCUUCGUUUCUCAAGGUGCUCGAAGCUGUCAAGGCGAAUGACCAUACGCAAAUGGCUUACUCUGGCAUCCUCGAGACUAGAAUCGUCUGGCAGCUUGCUUGUACCGCUUUUCAGACCCCAGAGCGUGGCAACGCAUCCAUGCGGGUUACUUUGCCCCCGGAAGGUGACAGCGCCGAGGCUCGAAGCCGUUUGCAAGUGGUGGACACGCUGUUGUGUGGCGAGUAUCUGCCAAACAAUCCAUUAUCGCCCCCGGUAGCCGACUCGGACACUCAAAGGACACGCCAGUUUGACUUUUGGUACAAUCUGGCCGAUUUUAUCCGUCACCGCGACAAUCCCGAAUCGCCUCAAGCUCAGCAGGCCCAGGAAGACGUCUUGGGCAGGAUGCGCGGCUUGCUCGAUGGACGCGAGAACCGUGACGUGCUCUACUCUAUUGCUGUGGUUCGUCACUUGUCUCCUCGCUUGGGACCGAACUACGGAACGUCUCAAUCGCCCGGGAACGACGAGGCGGAGCCAAAGAGCCGGCUGGCGGUGGCGUCCGGAUUCCUUUUGAACCAAUCACAGGUGACGGGCGGCACGACCAACGUUGUUCGACGUAUAAGUGACAUUGCAUGCCGCGCAUUUGUGAAUCCUGGUGUCAACAUUGCGAGAAGAGCCUGA